GUUUAGGCUUGCUCUCCGCCAUUGACCAUUCGUGCAGCCGUAUGUCCUUUGUUGGCCCUCCUGUGACUAAGACGCUAUCUUGUAAAUCUCUCAGGAUGCCUUUAGAAAGCAUGGUGGCUCCUUGGUUUCUCUCACAGCUUGUUCUGCUGACCCACGUCUGAGAAUGGAACGCUGAUUGCACUAGCUAUAUAUACUUGUCAUGAGAUCCUUCAUAAACUUCGAGCUCCUAACGAGGUGGUGGCCAGACUAUCUUUCUCACCAUGCCGACCAAGUCAGGGAUUAAGUACUAUCAUCAUGGCCGUUUUGCUCUCUCUGGUGGAAUACUUCCAGACGCUAUCACUGCAUAUCAAACCUAUGGCGAUCCUAGCAACCCGUGCAUCGUAUUUCCUACAUGUUAUGGUGGUCGUCUUGAUAAUGUUGGUUUGCUAGGUCAGGACUAUAUGAUAGGGCCAGACAAAGCCCUGGAUCCCACCAAAUACUACAUUGUCACUUUCGCAUUGUUCUCUAACGGAGAAUCAUCCUCUCCAUCGAACACGCCUGUUCCAUAUAACGGGCCUUACUUCCCGCGUGUCACAUAUGAGGAUAAUAUCCGUGCACAAUAUGCAGUUUUGACGAAGGCACUUAACGUCAAGAAAGUAUUUUGCGUCGUCGGAUUCUCCAUGGGCGCACAGCAGGCAUACUAUUGGCCUGUCAUGUACCCUGACUACAUCGAGAAGUUCAUACCUAUUUGCGGCUCGGCUCGAACUAGCCCGCACAAUCAAUGCUUCUUGGAAGGACCGAAGUCCGCUCUCCUAGCGUCCAAAGAUUUCAACGGCGGUCACUACACCUCCACCCCUCAAUUCGGCAUUCGGGCAUUCGGUCGCGUCUAUAGUGCAUGGGCAUAUGGUCAAACGUGGUUCCGUCGCAAGGGCUACCUCUAUGACGGCAAAUACUCCGACCUCAACAACUGGCUUCACGCCGAGUGGGAGGAUGGAUUCCUGGCUAUCUGGGAUGCGAACGACCUUCUCACGCUUCUUGAGACGUGGCAAUUUGGUGAUGUCUCCAAACUCGACUGUCUUUCGACUUUGGAUAGUAGUUUGACUAGGGAGGGAGGUUCUCUGACGGGUGGUGAUGGGGAUUUGGUCGGUGUCUUGGGGAGGAUCAAGGCGAAGGCUUUGAUCAUGCCUUGCAAGACCGACUUGUAUUUCCCACCUGAAGAUAGCGAGAAUGAAGUUGCGGCUAUGAAGAACACUGAUGCUAAACUCGUUGUCAUUCCGUCGGACUGGGGACACAUGGCCGGCGGAGGUUCCAACGACAUUGAUGACAAAUUUAUCAAGGACGAGAUUAUCAAGUUCCUGGAGAGUGCGUGAACUUCUAAAGGAAGCUAGCUUGAAUCUCCCUUCGUCGUGUUCAUUCCUGUCCAAUCACCUGCUUGCUAUUCAGAACUCAUGUAACAUCAUAAACAUGACCCGUUAUUUUCUCAGCGAAUGCAUCGAUUUCUUCCUCCAUCUCGGAGUAACGGUGUUUGUGAGAUGAAACUGGCAACUACAGGC